UUCUUGAUUUUUUCUUACAGAUCUGUCGAUUCCAGAGGGUGACGGUGAAAACAUGGCACCUUUAAUUCUCCCUCAAGCCAUAUAUUUUUUAAUCAAAGCCCAAUUAAACUGAGAGCGCAAGAGACGGAGAGAGCACGAUCAAAAUCAAUCGGUAUAUGAAUGAGAAAUCCGCCCACUCUUCUUUCACUCGCAAUUGACUCUGCUGUCCUUAAUUUCUCUCGAAUUUCCGAUCUCUCCUUCGUCCCCGACCAUAUUCUUCUUGAUCUCUUCCAGAGGAUAUUAAUAGCUGGAAAAUUGAAUGAGAAGAUUUUGAAGUUAUUCAUCGCAACGGGUAAAGAAGAAGUCCUUUCUUUCAUUGAGUCACUUAAUAUCCGACAACCCCUGGUUCCUGUUCUUCCAACUAUUAUCAUUAAAAAUGACGAGGUGGACAUUGUCAUUGGCGCUAUUCAGUCUGAUCUCACAUCGUUCAUGGAAGCAUGGAGACCGUUCUUUUCGAAUUUCCACCUAAUAGUCGUCAAGGAUCCCGAACUAAAAGAGGAACUCAAGAUUCCCGGUGGAUUCAACCUGCACGUCUAUACAAAGUCCGACAUUGAUAGAGUUGUUGGCUUGUCAGCGGGUAGUAUUUCUUUCGCUGGCUAUGCUUGCCGCUACUUUGGCUAUCUUGUGUCGCGUAAGAAAUACAUCAUCUCGGUUGAUGAUGACUGUGUCCCUGCCAAGAACAGCAGGGGGGAGUUGAUUGAUCCGAUAUCGCAGCAUAUCAUCAAUCUCUCGACCCCAGCCACUCCUUUCUUCUUCAACACUCUCUACGAUCCUUACUGCGAGGGGGCUGAUUUUGUCCGGGGCUAUCCUUUCAGUUUACGAAGUGGAGUAGAAUGCGGCCUCUCAUGUGGGCUGUGGCUCAACCUGGCCGACUUUGACGCACCUACGCAGGCACUGAAGCCUUCGUUGAAGAAUACUCGGUACGUCGAUGCGGUUCUGACAGUGCCAGCAAGGUCUAUGCUGCCCGUGAGCGGGAUCAACAUCGCGUUCAACGCUGAGCUGGUCGGGCCUGCACUGACGCCGGCGUUUCGGCUGGCGAAGGAGGGGAACCUGAGGUGGGAGACGGUCGAGGAUAUAUGGACCGGGAUGUGCGUUAAGGUCAUCUGCGACCACCUGAGGCUCGGCGUGAAGAGCGGGAUCCCGUACGUGUGGAGGCAGGAGCGAGGCAACGCGAUAGAGAGCUUGAAGAAGGAGUGGGAAGGCGUGAAGCUUAUGGAGGACGUCGUCCCGUUCUUCCAGUCGCUGAGGCUGUCGGAGACGUCUGUGACGGCGGAGGACUGCGUGGCGGAGAUCGCUGCGGCCGUGAAGGAGCGGCUGGGGUCCGUGAAUCCGAAGUUCGUGAGCGCGGCGGCGACGAUGGUGGAGUGGUUGAAGCUGUGGAAGAGGGUGCGAGGUCAGUAGUUGAGGUAUGUGUUUCCAUUGGUUGGAGUUGUGUUUCUGUUGAUGAAUUGAAACUCUGUUUGAGGUUCUGGGAUUAUGAUUUUAGCUUUCCACUGUUGAAGGAUGUCUCAAGCUAUAUAACUCAUUUUUUAUUUUGGCAAAAAAUUACUCUUUAUUAUUUCUUA